CCGAAUGGUUUUUAGCAUAUAUUUUCUUAGAAACUUUUUGGUCAGCUAGCAAACAAUUCCCGGUAAAACUGACUUUUUAAAAACAACUUUUUAAGGACAGAUGACUGCUUAAAACAAUACAUGAUUCGAUUAGGCAAAAGGGUACGCAGCACUAUUAGGCUAAACCGUCACGUGGUUGUACCUUUCCAUUGUUAUCAGUUCAUUUGUUUCUCUUUCAGAGCCCGAGGAAAAGCAGUCACGCGAAGGUCCUGAACGAGAAAUGGAAAUUCCCGCCUCUUCGAUCAAAAACCACUCCAUCAUUACACCAUUGGGAUUUUACAUUGUCGGAUUUACGUUUUUAAGAUUUACUGAUUUAUAUUUGAUUUUCCUCACCGUUGUUUAUAUUGUAACAGUUUUGUUCAACUUCUUUAUCCUGUCCAUUAUAUGGAUAGAUUAUCGCCUGCAUACUCCAAAGUACAUUGCGGUGGCUAAUCUGGCGAUCGUCGACUUGGUGCUCAGUACAAGCAUUAUCCCCAGUAUGAUCAAGAUGUUUCUCGCGAAGGAAAACUUUAUUUCCUACAACGCAUGUUUGACACAGAUGUUUUUCUAUCACUGUUUUGUCUCAUUAGAGUCGUUUUCCCUCAGUGUACUUGCCUAUGACAGGUUCAUUGCGAUAUGUUUCCCACUGAGACAGAGCUCUAUCAACACAAUCACAGUCAUGAUCAGUAUUUUAGUCACUGUUUGGUCAUUGGUUAUAAGUGUUGUAGUGUUCGCGGUAAUAAUCAUUACCAGAUUGUCUUUCUGUAAUUCGGUCAUCGUGCAGAGCUACUUCUGUGAUUACACCCCUGUGUACAGGCUGUCUUGCAAUGAUCACAGAUUGCAGUGGACCACUGCCGCUACUCUGAGUUUAAUUAUUGCGUUUGGGCCCCUUAGUUUAAUCGUCAUGUCUUACGUUUGUAUUUUGACAGCCGUGUUUAGAAUGAAAAGCGUGGAGAGCAGGUACAAAGCACUUGUCACCUGCACAGAACAUCUAUUUCUAGUUACGAUUUUCUACGGGCCUAUCUUGGCGGUGUUUAUCAUUGACAUUUUCUUUGUCCCCAUCGAUACGGAUGUCGCUACGUUGACCUUGUCGUUGGCCUCAUGCAUCCCGCCCUGUCUGAACCCCAUUGCGUAUUCGCUGGCUACCAAAGAAAUAAAGAACAGAAUACUGGCUAUGCUCGAGAAAGUCAGGGUAGGAGCGUGCUCAGGGCAGGCCAAGAGCCAAAGAUUGUAGCACUUUUUUUUCAAAUGAAAAACAUCCCUUUAAUUUUAGCCCUUAGUGUUUGGCCUCAUUUGCCCAAGUUAAUGUGAAGUCCAACAUGAGGAGGUUUAAUUGUAUUUCCAUAGAAUACUUUUCUACUGAUAUGUUAAGAUUAGUUUCCAGCUCCAGGAAGAAAAUGGUAAAUGCUAAGAUGUCCGAUUGAUUAUUUAAAAACUGUAAAAAAAAAAAAAAAAAAUGUGAUUAAUAAAAUUAAUCAAUUUUCAAAACUUGGUCUGUUAGCAGCACCCUCUACUGAAACAUUAAUGUGUCUAAUGCCCUACGACAUCUCGCUCAAUAUAAAUAAAUAAAGUGACCUCCAUAAUGCU